CGCCGGGCGCAGCCGCGGCGGAGCGGAGCCGCAGGGCCGGCGCCUGAGAAGGGGCAAAGCACUGACUAAAGCUAACAGAAAAGAGAAGCAGAGCUGAAGAAAUAUUAUCUCUGCUUGCAGUCUCUUCCCUAUGUGACCCUGUGGCAGCAUCAGCAAAAGGCAGUGUGUGUCAGUGGCUCCUAAUAAGGUUGUGGUUCUUAUUCCACCCUCCACUUCCACUUGAUCAUAAAAAAGUUUACAAUGGCAAUGCUCUGGAAAUUCAUGAGAGUAGCUAAGUAUUCUAAAACAGCUUUAUCAUCAAAAGUAAGAGGAAUUCCCACCCAUUCAAGGCAUUCUUCAUCCAAGUCUGUACCUUCAGAUUUUGCUGCCAGUGCACCCUGCUCAAAUACUGUGGAACUGCUUGGUAAAUCUUAUCCUCAGGAUGACUACAGCAAUGUCACAGAGAAGAUUCUUUCCAAGGUGGGGAAGAACUUGCACAACAGAAAACAUCACCCUUUGUGGCUAAUCAAGGAGCAAGUGAAGGAGCACUUCUACAAGCAUUACCUAGGACGCCGUGGGACUCCGCUCUUUUCUGUGUAUGACGGUCUUUCUCCAGUGGUUACAGUCCAGCAGAAUUUUGAUAGUUUACUUAUUCCACAAAACCAUGCCAGCAGAAGGAAAGAGGAUAACUAUUACUUGAAUCGUGACCACAUGCUAAGAGCACAUACAUCAGCCCAUCAGUGGGACUUGAUACACUCUGGCCUGGACGCCUUCCUGGCAGUGGGAGAUGUGUACCGCCGAGACACGAUCGAUAACACCCACUACCCCGUCUUCCAUCAGAUGGAGGGAGUGCGCCUCUUCUCCUGCCAUGAGUUGUUCUCCAGCAUUAAAGAUGGUGAAGGUUUACAGCUGUUUGAGCAAGGCCAUCGCACUGCGCACAAGCAGGAGUGUCACACCAUGGAGGCAGUGAGGCUGGUGGAGUUCAACCUGAAGCAAGUGCUCACGAAGCUCAUGACUCACAUCUUUGGUGAUGGACUGCAAGUCAGAUGGGUAGAUUGCUACUUCCCAUUUACUCACCCUUCCUUUGAGAUGGAGAUCAACUUCCAAGGAGAAUGGAUGGAGGUCCUGGGCUGUGGGGUCAUGGAGCAGCAGCUUGUUAACUCAGCUGGUGCUCAGGAUAAAAUUGGCUGGGCAUUUGGCUUGGGUUUGGAGAGGCUGGCCAUGAUCCUGUACGAUAUCCCUGACAUCCGACUGUUCUGGAGUGAAGAUGAACGCUUCUUGAAACAAUUUAUUGGGCCUCACAUUUGGCAAAAAGUAAAGUUCCAGCCACUCAGCCGAUAUCCGCCUUUGAUCAAUGACAUUUCCUUCUGGCUGCCUUCUGAGACCUACUCUCAGAAUGAUUUCUAUGAUUUGGUUCGAACCAUUGGUGGAGACUUGAUUGAAAAGGUUGUCCUACUAGAUGAAUUUGCCCAUCCAAAGACGAAGAAGGUCAGCCACUGCUACCGUAUCGUUUACCGGCACCCGGAGAGGACGCUAACGCAGGACGAGGUGCAUUGCAUCCAUCAGGCUAUUGAGGAGUCAGCAGUUCGGGAGCUUGGGGUGGAGGGCAGGUUCUAGCAAUGCUGCUCUGGAGCCCUGAGGACAGUACUUAUUUUUUUCCUUUUUUUUUCUUUCUUUUUUUUUAUUUUUUCUUCUUUUUUUGGGGGUGGUUUUAGGUCACAAGUAGAGAGACAGGUUUUGUGACUGAACACAGAAAGCGAUUGAUGAAUGGGCAAUGGUAAAACUGGCAGGUAAUAAACAUUACUACUGAGAAA